UAGGGCAAUAUUUCACAUAUGAAUACUUUGUGUGAUGACUGCUAUAACCAAGCUAACACAGCCUUCAGCUGACAUAGUUGCCUCCACCUGUGAGUCAUGGAUUUAAGAGUCAACUUCUUAUCAAGAUACAACAUAACCUCCAUUAACUGCAGACAUCACGCUGCCAAAAUAAGGUACGUCUGUCUUCUUCUUCAAAACAAUGAUGUCCUGGUUUCUUUGUGAUGGAACGAGUAUUUAGAGGUGUGGAACUUCUUGUUUACUUUCCAUCGCAUGGCUGCGGAAGGAGGAAUCCCAUAUCUGAACCAGCCACAUCUGAGCUCUGCCACAAACAGCAGGGAAUCUAGGACAAAGGUCCCAGCAUCAAGACUCACCAUUUCCACCAGCACUCCAUAGGGUUCCUCCCUGGUCCUUAAACACAGUACCUGCGAAUCCUGGGCCCAUGCCACCCUUCUGGGAAGCGCCACCCUGGGCCAAUCAGAGCCGAGCACGCGAGCUGGAGUUCGUGCUGCUGGGUUUUGCACACGUGCCCUCACUACGCCCGAUGCUUGCAGCGCUCUUCCUGGCAGCCUUCCUGCUCACAAUGUCAGGGAACUCGCUCAUCGUCUUGCUCACCAGCCUGGACUUCGGCCUCCGCACGCCCAUGUACUUCUUCCUGCGCCAACUGGCGCUGGUAGAGAUCUGCUUCUCACUGGACGUGGCACCCCGCCUGCUGGUGACCCUGCUGCAGCCUGGACGUGGGGUGUCCCCCACGAGCUGUGCCCUGCAGCUGCUCCUUGUGCUGUCCUGUGUCACAUCUGAGUGCUUCCUUCUCAUGGUCAUGGCCUGGGAUCGCUUUCUGGCCAUCUGCAGGCCACUGCGCUAUGGCGCCAUCAUGAGCCCGCAGCUGUGCUACCUGCUAGCUACUACCUGCUGGCUGGCGGGAAUCCCUGUGGCACUCGUCUUCACCAUCUGGCUCUUUAACUUCCCCUUCUGUGGGCCACGUGGCAUCCGACACUUCUUUUGUGACAUAGCACCUCUGCUGAGCCUGGUGUGUGCAGACACCAGAGUUUUCGAGGCCAAUGUGUUUGUGGCCACCGUCCUCGUCAUCAUGGUUCCCUUCUGUCUCAUAGCCACAUCCUAUGUGAUGAUUCUGGUUGCUGUCCUUAGGAUGCCAUCGGCCUCUGGGCGCCACAAGGCCCUGUCCACCUGCGCCUCCCAUCUCAUAGUGGUAAUUCUGUUCUAUGGCACAACAGGGGUCAUCCACUUGCGCCCCAAGGCCAGCUACUCUCCAGAGAGCAAGCAAGUGGUGUCGCUGUCAUACACCAUGGUGACCCCUAUGCUUAACCCCCUCAUCUACAGCCUGCGGAACAAGGAGGUCAAGGCUGCCUUUGGGCGUGUAUGCUGUGGACGCUAAGAGUCCAGACUCCAUGAAUGAACUCUCUCCUCUGCCAGCUUUCAGCGUCAGAUAAUUAUUGAGGCCCACUUUCCCAGUGUGGCUUAACACCCUGACUUUCUUCUAGGAAACCCAUGCCAUUUCUCUACCUAAGAGAAUGCAGAACAGCAAAUUCUGAUCAGGAUUAUUUUAAAUAAAGGUAGGCAAAUGAAUCCACUUAGCCAACUAGAGUGCACUAGCUAGCAUCUUCGGCAAGAAUGACAUGUAACACACCAUCUUAAAAUUUAGUGUCAUAA